CACCAGCAGGAGAGCGCUUCUCUCUCUCUCUCUCGCUCUGUGAAAUCGGGCGCAGGAGAGAGGGAGCUUUCACGAGCGGACGAGCGAAGCGAAGCAUCAGUAGUGGUGCCCCAGUGAUCACGGAGCAGAGCUCGAGAGGAGGGAGAGAGAUGGACGACUACACGAGGGAGAUGAUGGACCUCAAAACCCUAGUCACUCGCACCCUCGAGAAGAAGGGCGUCCUCGCGAAGAUCCGGGCUGAACUGAGGGCAAGUGUUUUUGAGGCAAUUGAAGAGGAGGAUCAAGUUGUGGAGAAAGAAGGUUUACCUCCUGCUUUGUUAGGUAGCUGCAAUGAACGGGCAAAACAACUUCAUGCUUCUCCUUCAGGGAGGCUGUUAACAGCAUUAAUUUCUGAAUAUUUGGACUGGGCGCAACUAAACCACACGUUAAAAGUUUAUCUGCCUGAGUGUAAUUUGCAAAAGGAUUUUUGGAAAGCUGAAUUGAAGGAGUUUAGCAGCAAGAAUGGAUAUGAUAUUAACCGAAAUGGAGAUAGUGGUCCUUUGCUGUUGGAUGUGCUUGAAGGAUUUUUAAAAUACGAGAGUUUAACCAAACCAAGGGGUGUGGGAAGGAGAAUCACUGCUACAGAUGGUGAUUCCAUGCCAUUAGAGUCUCGCGAUGUUCGUAGACCUUCGUCAUCUGUUGCAGGGGGCUUACCCCCGUUGGGAAGGUCUGCUCCAACUGCCCAGGCAUCUGGUAGGAGAGCUGGCUCCUCAACAUCUAAUUAUAGAAAAGAUGAGUAUAAUUGGAGAUAUGACAAUGACGAGCUCCCUGAUGACAUUGUCCGAGCAUCAGCUGCUCUAGAAAAUCUUCAGUUGGACAGGAAAGCUAGGAAUCUCACUUCUUCUUGGCGGCAUGCUGGGGAUGGAAUCUCUGACGAUGAUGGGAGGGUGGACCAUAUGUAGAUGGUUGACUUAGUAUUCACUCGCUCUGUUGUGUAUUUUGGAUUGCAUUUAACAAUGAGUGUUGUCUAAAAUUAGGCCGAUUUUAUAUUGUGGUCAUGUAAGUUCAGCAAUUUAGUUUCAGGUUUCUCACUAUAUCCUUUCAAAUUUGAUUAUAUCUUGAAUCUUUCACUCUCA